GUCCUGCCGCUGCCACCCUACGCCGCCGGCCUCUGCCUGGGACUCAUCUGCGGGCUGGUGCUGGGCUUCGUCGCCAUCCUCCUCCUCGUGCUGAAGUCUCCACCGCCGGCACGGGGACUGCGGGGCCACCUGCACCACGAGCUGCUGCUGAGGGAGCCUCAGGAAACCCACCGCCUCCAGGGCUGGAUGAACCAGCUGCAUGUCUAUGAUCCUGAGCUUUUCCACCCCUCGCUCACACACUCGGUGCUUGCCACGCUGGAUGGGGCCACCCUCAAGCUCUCCUACCCCAAGAGCAACAUCCCGCGCCGAGCCACCUUCGAGGAGGAAAUCCUUGACGUAGCCUUCGUCAGCCACCGCUGCUACGACCUGACCGACGCCAAGGUCUUCCUCUGCCCCCCCAGCCUGGCCCGAAAGCGGACAUGGAACAAGAAAUACCCCAUCUGCAUCCUCCUCCCUGACCGGGCGGUCGUGGAGUGCAGGAGCAGCGAGGAGCACGACGCAGAACUGCAGAGGGAUGAAGGCACGAAGAAGGCACCGGUGCCAGGGCAGGAUGUCCCAGGGGACUGCAGGGAGAGGUGCCUGUACCUCUUUGGGCGGACGGGGAGGGAGAAGGAGGAGUGGUACCAGCACCUCGUGCGAGCCUCCCGCGGGACACCCGGCAGCAGCCAGCAGGUGAGAUGUGGCCACUGUGGCUUCUGCUCUGCGCCGGGACUGAUCCAGGGCGGGAGCUGCGCGUGCAUGGGACCAGCUCCCCAGAGCAGCGGCAGUAGCAGUGGAGGGAGCGCUGAGGACAUCCCCUCCGCUGUCCCACCCAAGGACCUGGCCGGAAGCAUCCGACAGAAGAUUUUCCUGGAUUAUGGCACCUACAUGGCCCGAUUCGUGCCGGCACAGGCGGAGGGCAGCCCAGAGCGGAGUCCCUCUCACAGCACACUGGGCAGCCCCAUGCCCACAAAGCCCAGCGAGGACGCGGCCAGGAGCAGCGAGGUGUGCGUGGCCUGGAUGAACGCGCUGGUGGGGCGCAUCUUCUGGGACUUCCUCCGGGAGCGAUACUGGGCUGAGCAGGUGUCCAGCAAGAUCCAGAAGAAGUUGAGCAAGAUCAAGCUCCCAUAUUUCAUGAACGAGCUGACGCUGACGGAGCUGGACAUGGGCACAUCCAUCCCCUCGGUCCUCAGCGCCUCCAACCCCACCAUCAAUGACCGAGGGCUCUGGGUGGACAUGGAGGUCACUUACAGCGGCUCGUUGCAGAUGACGCUCGAGACGAAGAUGAACCUCUGCAAGCUGGGGAAGGAGAGCGCUGCAGAGGAGAGCAGUCCAGCAGAGGCAGGUGGAGAGGGGCCACGGCUGAUCCUGCUGGCAGACAGCGACGCAGAGUCAUCCAGCGCCGGCUCCUCCGAUGAGGAAGACAUGGCCACUGCAGAGCCCACGGGAGUCCUGGGGGAGCGGGUCCCACUGCCUGGCACCGAGGGCCACGGCAGCAGCAACAGCACGAGCCGGAAGAUCCUGCGCUUUGUGGAUAAGAUCGCCAAGUCUAAGUACUUCCAGAAGGCCACUGAAAACGAGUUCAUCAAAAAGAAGAUCGAGGAGGUUUCCAACACGCCGCUGCUGCUGACGGUGGAGGUGCAGGAGCUGGCAGGCACCUUGGCCGUGAACAUCCCCCCGCCACCAACGGACCGUGUCUGGUACAGCUUCCGAGUCCCACCCCAGCUGGAGCUGAAGGUGCGCCCGAAGCUGGGCGAGCGGGAGGUGACGUUCCUCCAUGUCACCGAAUGGAUCGAGAAGAAGCUACAGCACGAGUUUCAGAAGGUUUUGGUGAUGCCAAACAUGGAUGAUCUCAUCAUUCCUAUCAUGCGUUCUGGCCUGGAUCCUCAGCCACCCACUGGAGGACUGCCCAGGGAUCUACCAGCCAAGGGGGAGAUGAGGCUCUGA